AUGGAGAAACCCACGCUCGUCGACGAGAUGCGCGAGAUGGAUGAGACGGUCAACUCCUCACCCGCGGCGAUGAGUCCCCACCUGCCAGACCCCGAAUUGAAAAAUGCCGAUCCGACGGAUAUGAAUAAUCCGCAGAAUUGGAGUCGCACCCGCAAGAACCUGCUGUUCCUGGCGCUCAUGGGCAGUUCGCUGCUCGCGGAUGGCGCGAUGGUCUGGGGUGGUACGCUGGUGACGCCGCAGGCAAUGGAAUGGGGCGUUAGCGUCGCGCACUCGGCCACGAGUAUGAACUACGGCAUCCUGCUGCAGGGCUUUGGCGGCAUGUUUGCGGUCCCGCUGAUCGAGGCGUAUGGUCGCUACCCCGUCUGGAUCUGGCCGCAGGUCAUCACGAUGUUUAUGGUGCUGGGCGCCACCCUCUCCCACGACUGGUCCACCUUCACGGUGUUCCGCUCGCUGCAGGGCCUUUUCGGCACCGUGCCGCAGGUCAUCGGCCUACCGAUUAUCCACGACAUGUAUAGCCCCGAGGAAUGGCCCCGCAUGGUCAACAUCUGGGGCACAACCUUCAUGGUCGGCCCCUUCCUCGGCCCUGCCAUCGCCGGCUACAUCGGCGCCGGCACAAACUGGCGUGACUCCUUCGGCGUGCUGACGGCCCUGUACGGCCUGUCCACAUUCGCCGUGCUGGCCUUUGGUGCUGAGACGUACUAUAACCCCGGCAAGGCGCCCACCUCGCGGGUCGGCGCAUACUUUGGUGUCGGGAACACGAAGCUGCCCAAGGGCUCGACGCUGUGGUACUGGUGCAAGGUUAUGGUCCUCUAUGUCUUCAAGUUCCCGCUGCUGAUGACGGGCCUUGGGAUUCUGAUCACGUUCACUUGGCCUAUUGGCAUCACCACCACCAUCGAUAGCUUCCUGCACAGCCCGCCGUAUAACUUUGAUACGAUCGAGGCGUCGUCGAUGCGUUUCGCCGGCGUGAUCGGUGCGCUCUGCGGCUGGCUCGUCGGCUACCUUUUCAACGGCUGGGUCUACAAGCGCUACCACGCCAACUGGUGGACCGAAUAUCGCCUGCACGGCGUGUGGGUCCCCCUCGGCAGCUUGACCUUUGGCCUGCUCACCUACGGCCUGACCAUGAACUUCGGCAAGCACUGGAUCGGCAUUGCCUUUGGCUGGAUCAUGGUGAAUAUCGGCAUGGUGGCAAUUAUUGUCGCUGUAACGGCCUACGCGCUCGAGAAAUAUCCCGAGCAAUCCACCGUCGUCUCCGCCAUCCUGAACAUGUGGCGCACCUGCGGCGGCUUUGCCGUCGGCUAUUUCCAGCCCGCCUGGAUCGCCCGCAACGGGUUGGGUCUGGUCUUCGGCAUCCAGGCGAUCAUCGUCAGCGUCUCGGUCGUGCUGUGCAUUGUGCCAGUGUUGAUUACGCAGCGGCGGAAGAGCAGUGUGGGUGCUGCGUGA